UUCAGUUUUGUGUUAAAUUUAUAAUUUAUAAUAUAUACAUAUAUUUUUAUCGUUCUACAUUAAAUCGUUAAAUGCCGUAAAAGGUUAUUUUCGAGAUCCUGGGGGUCGAAGAUCAGCGAUUCGACGCCGAGUGUAUGUAAACUGUUUAGCCUCGGUACGAAGACACCAAGACACGAUCUCUUAAUUUCUCGACGUCGGACAUUUAUAAUUGGUACUCUAUAGUUAUUUUUACUGACGCCAUUCGCCACUCAACCGGCAUCAACUCGAGAUGUCACGUGCUCCUUAAUUGUUAGCUUCUCGUCGUUUAAUCGUGCGUUUUUUUUUUUUUUUUUUUUGAUUUACACGAGAUUUGUGCUUGUCAAACUGGCUGAAAAUAUGGCGGAUCCCAUUAUCGGGCAGAAGUCGACGCGAAGAAAACAGUGGACCUUGCUGAACCGAACUCAAAGUCGUUACAAUCGUUUUGGAAGUUUCUUGGCUGAAGAUGGAUGGCCUGAUUCACAAGUUGAUUUGGCAAAACAGUUGCUGAAUGAGAACUGCGAAGAUGAAAAAGAUCAAGAAGAAAAUGCUAGCUUGGGUGUUUAUUGGCUGAUCAAGGCUUCUUCUCAAGGACAUAAAGAGGCAACUGAACUUUUAAAAGAAUGUUUAGACACAGGAAAAGGUAUCACUGAACAUAAUUGGUUGGAUGUUAAGGUUUGUUUGGAAACUUCUCAAGAGGAUAAAAUCAUUCAAAAAACAGCUCAUGAAAUUUUUGAUAGGAUGUCAGCUGGUGAGGACUUUAUAACUAGUGAUCAAUUGAAAGAUGAAUUAAAUCAAGCAUGUAGUAAAAAAUCCAUUAGUUCAGACAUAAUGAAAGUAGAUUCAAACUCUAAAGAAUACAAAUGUUUAAAAUCAUCACGACAAGAUUGGAAAUCCAGAAUAAAUGAAUCUGGUGAGAAACUUACUGAAGAUGUUUUAGUGAAUGCUGCUAAAGAUUUUUCACGCGGACAAAUGCCUCUUGUGCAAAAAAUACUUACUAUUGAAGAAAACAAAAAUGCCAUAUUUACUACUUGUGAUCUAUUUCUCCAGCCUGUUUACAUUAUUCACAAUUAUAAUCUUUGUCUUCAAGAAAGAUUGAAUAAAAGAUUUUCCAAGUUGCCAUUAAAUCCUUUCUCAUAUUUUCACGCUCCAACAUUGAUAACAACACUUCUCUGCUUUAUAUUGGGCUUAGAUGGUAUUUGUUUGUUGAUUCCUUAUAUCUUAUUUUAUGGAUCAUUACUUGCAAUGGUAGUUGCCACAGUAUGUGCAUUAUGUGCUAAAAGAGAUUAUGGACGAUUCCGUCGAUGGUCAAAUUUAUUCAUCACAUACAGUGGAGGAUGUCUCAGUGCUCAAGAAGCGGAAUAUCAACAUUUAAUGAACACUCUUAAACCAUAUGUUUUCUUUUUUGCAUCAUUAGGAGCUCAUUUAUUUUUGAAGACUGUAAUUGAUUCAGACACCAUGUUUCAAUCUGAAUUAACCAUUGUAUCAAUUUGCUUAACAUUUUAUACGCUAUAUUCUUUUUCGUUAAGUGGCCCAAAACUGGGCAAAACCAAAAACAUAGAUCUAAUUGCACUGUUAUCGUUUUGUGUUAAUGUACUAGCAAAAUAUCCAUAUGAAACUGAUACAGUAGUAAGUAAAGGCUGGAGAUUUCUUGAUUUACAUGUACCAACAUUUGCAUCAUAUGUCAUUGGAAAUGGUGUUGAAUUUUGUCUCAAUUUUAGAGCAUUGUUUUACUUAAUAUUACCAGCGAUUAUGGUUAAAAUGGCAGCACGUAAUAAUUGGAGAGGAAUUUACACUGACUUAAUACCACAUUGCAUGACACUUUCAUGGUGGCAAAUGGCUCUAGUUGCUUCACAAGAGUCUACAUGGUAUGGACUGGUUCGUAGUAUAUUAGCCCUAGUCUGUGUGUUUAUACUGUUUCCGAUUACUGGUAUUUUCUUGCCAUUUGUCACUAUUGGUAAUGACUUUGAGACCAUAUAUCAAAUUAUUCAACUACCCGUUGUUCUCAUAUUUAUGUGGAUUUUACACAUAGUUUUGCAAUAUUUCAAACGUAAAGGUUUUCGCACAGAUUCGUUUUAUACUUAUUUGCAGGUUAUUAUAGUUUUAAUUGGCACAACAAUUUGUGUUUUCAACAACUAUGAGCGUAUACAACAAUGGAUUGAGCCACCUGCUGAACAUCAUUUAACUUAUAACGAUUUCUCAGAAUUUUGUAACAAAGAUAUUGGUAAAAAUUCUCAAGAAAUCACUGUAAUGGCUGACAUUGAUUGUUCACAAUUAAUUGGUCUAAAUGUGCAAUGGGAUGGUUACAUAAAAUCCACCAAGGUUGUUUCAGUUUACAAUCCCAUUUUAACUAUAUUAAGCUUCUUUCCAAAAAUUGUAUCGAAUCCAUUGACUUGUCUGCUGGGUAAACGCUUAUCAACAUGUUCUAACAGUUACGGUUGUAAUGUGAGCUCAAAGCUAUCUGACCUUUGUCACUUAUCUGAAUGGAAUCGUUAUACAUAUGAAAUAGAAAUAAAAAUGAGUAAUGAAGGUGUAUGGGGCAAAAGUGGUGAUAUAACGACACUGCUAACCAAUAGUCAAGACAUCAUAAUGGAUAAUGCAACAAAAAGUUUAAGAGAAAAUGAUCAUAUAUGGUUUUCAGGUCAGUUGUCUGGUAACAAAUUUGGUAUAUUAACAGCCAAAAAUCCAUUUGUACAAGCAUCUUCUGUUGGGUGUUUAACAUGUUCCAAAGUGCAAGUAAUCGACAACAAUGUUAGACAAAAAUCAUUUGAUGAUGAAUUUGUCAAAUGUGCUAAAAGACUGUUUCAAUUUAUUUUGUAUCCGAUUGUAUUAUUUAAAUAAUCUUUGCAAAAAAAAAAAAAUAAUCCUACUAAAAUUA